AUGCUGAGCUCAGGGCUUCCUCCUCUUUUCCUGAUGCUGACGGUGCUGGAGCUCAGCUGGUCCCUGAGUGAUGAAGAGAAGAAGAUCAUCUUGGAUGGGCACAAUAAAUAUCGCUCCCAGGUGUCUCCUCCUGCUAUGGACAUGCUGAAGAUGAUCUGGGACACAGAGCUGGAGGCCUUUGCCCAAGCCUAUGCAGAGAAGUGCAUCUGGGACCACAACAAGGAGCGGGGCCGGAGGGGGGAGAACCUCUUUGCUAUGGCCCCGACCCUGGACCUCGACUUCGCCGUGGAGGACUGGAACGGGGAGGAGAAGUACUACAACCUGACAGCUUCCAGCUGUGAGCCCGGGCAGAUGUGUGGCCACUACACCCAGGUGGUCUGGGCGAGCACUCAGCGGAUCGGCUGCGGGGCCAAGUUCUGCGAGCAGCUGGAUGGCAUCGAGGCCGAGGGCAUGCACCUGCUGGUCUGCAACUACUACCCCCCGGGGAACAUGAAAGGGCGGAAGCCAUACAAGGAAGGACCCUCCUGUUCCCAGUGUCCUGAGGGCAGGAUCUGUGUCAACUCCUUGUGUGGUGCCCUGGACAUUGAAGAGCUGGAGCCAGAGCAGACAAGCAUGGAUCAGCCCACGGCUGGAGCCCCCAGUGCCUGCCUGGGCCUUUCACUCUUCCUCCUGCCCAGUGUCACCCUGGUGGGCCUCCUGCUCUGA